AUGUAUUCUAAUUAAGACCCUGAGGAAUAAUUUGAAUUGAAUGAAUUAAUUGGAGAAGGUGCCUAUGCAAAAGUUUAUAAGGGAAGGCAUAAGAACGGCUAAAUUGUAGCUAUAAAAAUAGUUCCUUCAACUGGCGAAAUUCAAUCAUUAAUUAAGGAGAUUCAGAUCUUAAAAGUAUUAUCAAUUAUGUAAGUAGGAAUGCUAACAUGCUCAUAUAGUACAAUAUUAUGGUUCCUUUUAUAAGGAUGGAAAUUUAUGGCUAGUUAUGGAGUAUUGUGUAGGAGGAUCAAUAAUUGAUUUAUUGAAAAUCACUUAGAAAACAUUAACUGAGUCAGAGAUAGCAGCAAUUCUAUAUCAUGUACUGCUUGGAAUUGAAUAUUUGCAUGCGAAUAAAAAAAUUCACAGGGAUAUCAAGGCUGGAAAUAUAUUGUUGGAUGAAAAAGGAACAAUCAAAAUUGCUGAUUUUGGUGUGGCCGCACAACUCAUAUAUACUAAUGCAGACAAAGUAUUUCUAAUUUAAUAAAAAGGGAACAGUAAUAGGCACCCCUGUUUACAUGUCUCCAGAAGUUAUAUCUAAGAAUCGAUAUAACCAUCUAACAGAUAUUUGGUCGUUGGGAGUCACUGCUAUUGAACUUGCUGAAGGAAAACCCCCUUAUUCUCAUAUUCAUCCUGUAAGAGCAAUGUUUGCUAUAAAAAAUAACCCACCUUAGGGUUUAACCAAUCCUGAAAAAUGGUCCAAGGAAUUUAACGAUUUCGUUAAAUCUUGCUUAAGAGUGUAAGUCUCGGAAAGACCUUCAGCUUAACAAUUACUUUAGUCACCGUUUAUAAAACAGGGCAAACAAGAUUAAAAGAAGUUAGUUAAUCUUAUAGAGAAUUUCCUCAAUUAAAUAGAUGAAUAUAGAUAAUCAAAAACACAAGGAAAUUUAGAAAAUAUUUAGACGUUGAUCUCUAAGCAAGAGAAUAGUGAGGAUGAAGAACAGUCAUGUGGAACUGUAGUGGAAUGUGGAACACUUGUGAUUAAAGAAGAAGAAGUAUAAAGCAAAGGAGAAAAAGAAUUAGAUUUUGUAACAUAUGCUAAGAAGGAAAAAAUAAUCAAUGAAAUUAUUGAUGAAUAAUUAAGUGAUGAACAAUAAAUGGAAAAUAUGAAUUAAGACGAGAGAAAAAAGUUUUUGGCAUUCUUGCAUUCAUAGAUGGAAGAAGAGAUUUCUAAAGUAAAAUAAAAAUAUAUGCCUAAAAUUGAGAUGCUUACUCAAAAAAUAAAGUCAAAUGAAUCACCUGAGCCAACUAAGCCAACUAAGCCAUUGUAAUAGAUUCCUUAAACUAAACCUUAAUUAUUGAUUUAAACUUAAUAAUCUCAAUAAGUUCAAUAAUAAUUAUAAUAACCUUAAAAGAUAGAAGUUGCAGUUCCAUUUUAAGUCAAUCCAGAAGUACUAUAAAAAUUAUCAAAUUUGAAAAUCCCUUAAAUUAAAAUAUAGAAUGUAAGUUCUCCAACAGCAUAGUUAAGAUCUAAUCCUAAACAAAAAGUAAACCCUGAAUAUUAAGUCAAAUAAAAUAUUCAUUCAAAUUAUUGA